UCGACAUUGUAAUUUGUAUCUUUGGUGUUUUCUGUGUUGUCAAUAAUUUGAAUACAGUUGUGGUUUAGGGCAAUUGACUUGUCGAAAGUAUUAUGCGUUGUGUGGUGAACUCGAUAGUGAAAAUGAGUUAUUACUUUCAGUUGCAAAUGACGACCGUAAUAAUGAGAUUACAAUACUUUAGUUUGCGUUAAGGCUUUGGUCCUGGCUGGAAGAGAAAAUGAGUUACAAUAGACUGAGCAAUGGUGAUGUAAAUCAGGAGGGGUCGCCGAUUAGACACGUUUGGAAUCCAAAUUUGUAUCGCUUGCAGCAGGAAGCACCUCGACCCAUCAUGGUGCCAUGCUCGAUUCCUGUGCACAGCCGACCCCAGUACUAUGGUCGGGAGUACCAUGGCGAUAUGUCACACACUGAGGCUGAAGCAAUUGUAACAGAAGAGGGGGCAUUCCUUGUACGGAGAUCAAACAGAAAUGGCGGCUGCUUCACCCUUACAUUCAGGUUUGGUGGCAAGCUGAAGCAUUACAAACUCUACUAUGACGGGCAGCACUACGUGCUGGACAAGCGAUUCGACACGGUACACGACCUCGUAGCCGAUGGCCUGGUAACGCUCUACAUAGAGACACAUGCCCGUUCCUACAUAGAGCUGAUGGACAGCAUCAGUUGUUAUGAGACUUCGCCAUACGUGACACUCAAUAAGCUGAAGAGAAGGGCUGUAAUUGGCUGUAAUGUCUCACUGCUGCAAGCUGAGAGGGAAGCUUCGCAGAUUUCUGGUUCAGAUGUUGCUGAUUCAUCUGUAGACAUAGAUUUCAGCAAGCCACAUAAUUUUAAAAUACACACAUUCAAAGGACUGAAUUGGUGUGAAUUUUGUGGAAACUUUCUUUGGGGCUUCACAGCACAAGGAGUUAAAUGCGAAGACUGUGGGUUCUCUGCACACUGCAAAUGCUCCCGAAAAGUGCCCUCAGACUGUUUGCCCAAACUGAAGGGUGUACGCGGAGUAUUCGGCCUGGACCUGACGACGUUGGCAUCGCAGCAGCGCAGCCACGUACCGCGCGUCGUGAGGCGCUGUGUCGAGGAGAUAGAGCGACGCGGCCUGGACACGGAGGGCCUGUACCGCGUGUCCGGCUUCGCCGAGGAGGUCGAGGCGCUCAAGCUGGCACUUGACACAGAUGGUGAAUUGGCAGACCUCGGACCAGAGAAGUACGACAACAUCAACGUUAUUGCUGGAGCUCUGAAGCUGUAUCUGCGUCUGCUGCCCAUACCUCUCAUUACAUUUGAUGCUCAUCCACCACUUAUUGAAGCAACUAAAAAGAAGACUGUAUCUGAACAGUUAGCAGCUAUGAAGGAAGCUGUUAUGAUUCUGCCUCCUGCACACUACCAAACUUUGAAGUUCCUCAUGGAGCAUCUCUACAGGGUAUCGCAGCACGUGGACACCAACAAGAUGACAUCACACAACCUGAGCACUGUGUUCGCACCGACACUGAUGCCGUCUCCGGACCCGGCGAAGAUAAGUGGCGCGAUGUACGGAAUGGCGCUGGAGAUAGCCGCCUUGGAGAUGCUGAUCACGCACUGCGAGACCGUCUUCAGGUGACAGUACGCCUGGCAGUCGUCGCUGACCCCCACGGCCUCACCGCAGCUGUGACGGGUACGGCGGAGUGACGGAGAAUGUCGAACGCGUGCUCGACCCCGUAGCGGACACCUCGUCAUCCCGAACGUAUCGUAUGACCGCACCCAGCCACCGGGAGUAUCUCUGUGUCUACUCACUGUAAAAGUUAAGGGACAACCCUGGUUUUUCAGGCUGUAGUACGCAACACCAGAGCUCUCUAGUACUCUAGCGUUGACAUUUCUCUUUCCUCACAGAAAGCCCUUUAACAUUAAGCAGAGGGAAAACCCCUCAUUUUUCAGGUUGUAAUAUUUGAUACCAAAGCUCCUUAGUGCACUAGUGCUUGUUUCUCGUGCUUCACACAAUGUCCGUUUCUUGCAGACUUGCCCAAAAUACAAAUUAUUGGCAUGGGCACAUGCACAAGAGUGCAUGUUGGCCUUCUUUCACGGUUUUAAUGAGCAACAUACGCAAAAGCAUCAAAAGGGUAAUGCAUUUGAGAGAACAAAACUUUGAGAGGUGGCUGACAUUAACUUUCAGGUGAUGAAAUUUCUGCCUUUAGAAACAUUGAGAAGUAGUGAAAAAAGAAAAGUUAGUUACUACUUUUUCAGGGCAGAAACGCAGAUUGGUUAGGUUAAAGGUUAGGUCACUCAGAUCUCAAGUUGAGAGGAACCAAACUGUUAUGAGAAUGCACAUAUAAAAUGAUGAGAAGGUAGAAUGCCCAGCCAGUACUUACCUCUGUGAGACAAAGAUCAAGCAUUGCUGAUAGAAACACCUACAAAAUAGGUAAAAAUAUUUGUAGCUUUUGAUAAUACUUCCUUAUGAAAUAAAGAGGUAUUUCAAAACCUAGCUGUGGUUUUUAUGCUCAAGUGUUUCUGUUGGUAGUACUUGUAUAAAGGUGGGUUCUAGCCAGCCAUUCAGUCUUCUUGUAAUUGUACACUUUUCUCAAAUGACUUUUCCUGGAAACUUUUUUGCUGGUACAUAAAAUAUUGUUGUAAGUUAAACUUAAAACUUGGCUAUAGCUGUUU